GCGCUCCCAGCUCCCCUUCCCAGCAGUCAGAGAUGUCCUCAGAUAGCACCACAAUAGAGGCCUUCGUGCUCGGCGCAGCCGCGAUCGGGGGCAUCGACAACUUUACGACCGAGCUCCCGCGGGUGGUCCUCGAAGCCUUCUUCUUCGGCCUGUAUACGGUCCUGGCUGCUAUCGGUCUCGGAGUCCUCGCCCGAACCCGCCCCCGCUCCCUGCGCACAUGGGCGGCAGUGAUCGCGUGCGAAGGCAUGUACGCCCUCGCCGUCGCGCACCUCGCUAUAGACCUCAAGCGCCUCACCAUCGACGUUGGGCGUUCGCGAAACCUGCAGAAUGUCGCGGCUCUUUGCCUUACUGCUCUCGCGAUCGACGCCCCAGACGAAAUAUGCGCGUCGGGCGGCGAGGCAGGGCUCACGCAACUUCUCGAGCCGGCGGGUACAGGGCGCGAGUGGGUACCAAUUACGCUAUUGGUCGUUAAUAUCCUCCUGAGCAGCGGCAUCUUGCUCUGGCGCGGCUGGGUGCGCUCCGUGCGCAAGCGCUUGGUCGGUGUGGUGUCGGUGGUGCUCAUUCUGGCUGCGAUCCCGCUUUACAUCAUCUGCAUAGUUAUCAACGACAAUCUCGAGGACGGCUUUAGCACGGGGACUUUGUUCCUAACGUGGGUGACCAUGCUGUGGAUAACCAUGCUCAUGUGCAAAGACAUGUGGCGACGCCGCCUUGAGAUUGCGCGCAGCAUGCACGGCCUCUCCUUCAACGCGCGCCUUGGGAAGCUCACGCAUCUCAUCGUCAACUCUGGCGUCCCAUACGUUCUCUUCUGGACGGUUAUUGCAGCUUGGUGCAUCGUCAUCUGGAGUGAUUCGUCCACGUCCGGCGCGGGCGAGUUCAUCCACGCUAUACGCGCGCUCAUCGCAUCUGCUUUCAUCGACAUCGUCGGAAUGUACACGACGCUGGUACUCAUGCUCGCCGCACUCCGCGACAUGAUGCCCGCAAAGCGCGUUUCGAAGACGCCGAAUGUACACCCGCUCGCGCGCGUCCGCCUCUCUGCCGAUAGUGCGGCCACUGUGCAAGCGACGGACCUGCCGGUGGAUAUUCUCAAGACCGCGUUUAUGCACGAGGACGAGGGGCAUGUGUACGGGGACGUAAAGUCUGGUGGCCUCGUCUAGAUGCCUCCAAAUCGGUCUGUGUUGGUGUAUAAUUACGAAGUGCUGAGAGAACCUGUUGCUCGACCGCUGACAUUACAGGAACCUUGACCGUUGUAUAGUUUACCUUGUGAAGGUGAAGUUCGUCUGUAAUCCCCACCAUACCGAAAGCCCAUGUCAGCGCGAUGUAAAAUAUGGAAUGUAUAGGGAUGCUACAUGGAACAAGGACAGAUUGCGCGUGAACUAGGUCUGCACAAAGUAAUUAUCAAUGUAUAUCGUAUUAUAUGUCGCGCAGUGCGGAAGCGAA